CAACGCUCAGUUGUUGAACUAAAAUCGAAUCCGACGGUCGCAUGAACUUAGGCUUGGCAUUCACAAAGGCUAGCCAGUGGACGUACAAACCUUCAUUUUCGCACCCUGUUUCGAAGGCCAAUCGAUUUACCCACAAAAAGCUUAAAGAUCUUGCCAAAAGAUGUUCAAGCUAGCCACUGCUUUAAGCCUUUUCCUAGUGAUCCUCUCCUUUGGCUGGGCAGAACUUGAGGAUGAGCCUCGGGAAAAGCGGCAGUCGAAUAAGUUGCACGUAACGCUGCUCUACGAGUCCUUGUGCCCGGACAGCAGGAACUUCAUGCAUCAGCUGGGACCAGUUUACGAAGAGUUCGGGGACUACAUUGAUAUUCUGCUGGUGCCCUUCGGCAAAUCCCAGUCGGAGCGUAAUGGAGCUAUCUUCCAUUGCCAGCAUGGACCUGCUGAGUGCAAGGGCAAUCGCCUUCAGAGUUGCGUCAUCAACAGCACCGGAGACCAGGCGGCCCAGGUGAAAUUCGUGGUUUGCCAAAUGUUAGCUCCGGAUUAUUCCCGCAUCGAUCAGUGUGCCAAUGAGGCGGGCCUGCUCACCGACGUGGUCCACUGCCUGUCCAGCGAGACGGGAACCAAAUUGCAGCUGCAGGCGGAGCUGGUGACCAAAAAGUACAGCCCAAGCUUCAUUCCCACCAUCGUCUACAAUGGCGUCUUCGAUCAGCAGCUGCAGGACCAUUCGCUACGCGAUUUCCGCGGCACGGUUUGCUAUUUGUUGCGUCAACAAAACUUGCUGCCCAGCAGCAGCACAAUCUGCCAGUAGAUCUGCUAAAUGUUCAAUGUAACUGCCUCAAGUUUGAAAUGAAAUUAAAAUUCAGAAACUGGUUUCCACAA